CUUCCCGCCUUGCUUUGCUUUGCACCGACAGACUGGAACUCAACACGCAGCACACAGUAGUUUGUAAUUAGAGGCCACCAUGUUUAUUUGUUAUCUGUUUGGUUUAUUAUUGACAAUCCUGUUAAUUCAAGGCUGUUGGGGUGGAGAAGAAACCAAGAAUGUUAGUUGUGCAAGCCUCCGAACUGGAAAUGUGUACAAAUACUGUGUAAAGGAGAAGGAGAAACCUAAACGUGUGGAGUGGCAAUCAGUGUUUUCCAAUGAGACGUCUACGUGGCUUGCUGAACUUUGUCAACACAAAAACACUACACAGGCACCCAAUGUGAUUGAUGUCAGCUACUCCUGCAUCACCCUCCCGGACUGUGUCAAUGUAGACCACACUGCCAUAAGUGAUCGGUCUGAGCAUUUGACCCAUUUCAAUGUGUCUGGUGCAGCAGAUGAGUCAAAGAAGCCUUUGGAGAAAGAGCCUGACAGUCAGAAUACAACUGCAGAUGGAGACCAUCCUGAUACAAACCGUGGUGACACUAGUUUGAUCUGGAAAAUCAUUGUUGGUGUUGUUGCUCCCGUGCUGGUCAUUGCUGGUCUGCUCUUCGUGGUUUGUGUGUUCAAACAUAGGAGAGAAAAACAGUGCAACCAAUUCCACAGAGACGUGGAAGCGGGUCAGGGCAUUCUAGAACCAAACUCCAUUCCUCUGAUGCAGAAUGAGCAACGUGAUACCAGUGACCAAGGAGGUGAGCCAGGAGAGGAGAGCAGGCAGCCCAUGGACAAUGAAGAGACAGGCACUGACAACCCUCUGCUGAAUGGAGAUGCCAGUGGCCAAGGAGAGGAAGGUGUUCUAGGAAUGGAGGAUGGAAAGCUGUCAGACAAUGACAGAGCAGACACUGAAAUAUAUCAGAAGACACAUGCUGAUUCCCAUCCACUGAAUGUACCCAAGGUUGUCAGGGUUAACAGCCAGACUGAUGACCCACAGCUUCUGGGUCAACCUCAGAGCAAUGGACACGUGCCAUAUAGAAGGGAAUUACACCUGACCAAUGGGGCUCCAGGUCAGGGUGCUGGUGAGACUUCACCCCUCCUCUGCAGAAGCCCAGGAGAGGAAGGCGUGCUAGAAGGGCAGGACAGGAAGUCAGCAGAGAGUGGGGGAACAGACCCUGAAUCCUGUCAGAAGACACAUGCUGAACCCCCUCUAGUGAAUGGACACCAAGGUGUCAGGGUUAACGAUGAGACUAAGGAAGCGACUCCUGGUGCACAGAGUGCAGGACCUCCUCAGAUGAAUGGAGGUCCUCCCAUGUCUAACAGAGCUGCUGAGGAAACCACUGCUCUAUUGGACAAACAGACCUUGGACAAGGACCAAGUUACCAAACCUCCUGAGUUAAUAAACCAAGGACCUAAUGACAUGGAGUCAAGAGGAGAACUGUAACAAAUGGUGGACGUUUGUAUAACAAAAGAAAACCUCAGAAGAUAAGAUACAGUAAUAUAUGAUAUACAGUACUUAUUAUAAGAUACAGUAAUAUAUGAUAUACAGUACUUAUUAUAAGAUACAGUAAUAUAUGAUAUACAGUACUUAUGAUAAGAUAAAGUAAUAUAUGAUAUACAGUACUUAUGAUAAGAUACAGUAAUAUAUGAUAUACAGUACUUAUGAUAAGAUACAGUAAUAUAUGAUAUACAGUACUUAUGAUAAGAUACAGUAAUAUAUGAUAUACAGUACUUAUUAUAAGAUACAGUAAUAUAUGAUAUACAGUACUUAUGAUAAGAUAAAGUAAUAUAUGAUAUACAGUACUUAUGAUAAGAUACAGUAAUAUAUGAUAUACAGUGCUUAUGAUAAGAUACAGUAAUAUAUGAUAUACAGUACUUAUGAUAAGAUAAAGUAAUAUAUGAUAUACAGUACUUAUGAUAAGAUACAGUAAUAUAUGAUAUACAGUACUUAUGAUAAGAUAAAGUAAUAUAUGAUAUACAGUACUUAUGAUAAGAUACAGUAAUAUAUGAUAUACAGUACUUAUGAUAAGAUAAAGUAAUAUAUGAUAUACAGUACUUAUGAUAAGAUACAGUAAUAUAUGAUAUACAGUACUUAUGAUAAGAUACAGUAAUAUAUGAUAUACAGUACUUAUGAUAAGAUACAGUAAUAUAUGAUAUACAGUACUUAUGAUAAGAUAAAGUAAUAUAUGAUAUACAGUACUUAUGAUAAGAUACAGUAAUAUAUGAUAUACAGUACUCAACAGUUUAUUAAGUUAAUUCUCUAUGUGACAGCUAUAAUCUAGAUAGGUUAGGAAACGUGUUUAAGUGAAAUCAGUUGAUAUUUCAAAACAGCCCAUUACUUGUAGAUAACUAAAAUGACAAAAUGAUUAUAAUCUGAAAAUGAGUGUGACUUAUGACUGAUUAUGAUACAGCAUGUCACAUAUUUAGCUAUACAACAUUAUAAUGAUAUGAAAGGAUGGUAAGAUCAUACUUACACUAGUAUUGUAUACUAUACAUACAAGCAAAUAUAAAUGACAUACUCAUGAGAAGAUGCAUAAAACAUAAACCUCUUUAGUAGAGACAUUUCCAAGAUCAGGAGGUCUCAAUGUCUUGUGGACAUGUCAAAUAGCUAAACAUUGACCGGGCGUUAUUAUUUACACUAUGUAUACACAAAUGUAUGUGGACACCCCUUCAAAUUAGUGGAUAUGUCUAUUUCAGCGACACCCGUUGCUGACAGGUGUAUAAAAUUGAUUACACAGCCAUGCAAUCUCCAUAGACAAACAUUGGCAGUAGAAUAACCUUACUGAAGAGCUCAGUGACUUUCAAUGUGGCACCGUCAUAGGAUGCUACCUUUCCAACCAGUCAGUUCAUCAAAUCUCCGUGGGGCGACGCACAAUUGGCCUAGCAUCAUCCGGGUUAGGGAGGGUUUGGCCGGUAGGGAAAUCCUUGUCUCAUCGCGCACCAGUGACUCCUGUGGCGGGCCGGGCGCAGUGCGCGCUAACCAAGGUUGCCAGGUGCACGGUGUUCAUCACUCCCGAGCCCGUACGGGGGUUGUAGCGAUGAGACAAGAUAGUAGCUACUAAACAAUUGAAUACCACGAAAUUGGGGAGAAAAAGGUGUUAAAAAAAAAAGUAUGAAAAAAUAUAAUAAUAACUUGUAUAAUUUGUCCCAACUUCAGCAAAACAUUUCACAGACUUUUAACACACACCUGUAAUCCUACUUUCAGUAAAGAACAUUAAUCUUCCAUUUUCCUUUAUUUAAACCACUGUUUUCAUAGGAAUAAUAAUAAUAAUAUAUGCCAUUUAGCAGACGCUUUUAUGCAUACAUUCUACGUAUGGGUGGUCCCGGGAAUCGAACCCACUAUCCUGGCGUUACAAGCAUGAUUGGUCAGUUCAAACAGGAUGUUCUCUUUAUAAUGCAAUAUAGGAGCAUUAAUAACACCUUCUAUUCAUAAUGCAUCAGGAUGCACAACAUAGGUGCUAAUAACUGCUCAUGAACAUGUAUAACUACAUAAAGCAUUAUCACCAGGAUGUGUAAUGCCUCAUGAAGAAAAGUAUUACUAUGCCAGAUGCCAUAUUUGAAAAGCACAUUAGGAGCAUUAUAUUAUAUAUUAAGUGAUAUUCUAAUUUCACUGCAUACCCUCUUACACCUAUGUAACUCCGUCUUGAGGGCAUAAAGGGAUAGUUCACCCAAAUUACAAAACGACAUGUUGUUGUUCUUACCCUGUAAGCAGUCUAUGAAGAAGUUAAGAAAGCAAUCCAAUGGUUUUGUUUACUGUACCUGGUUAGGGAAAUGCAAACGUUUUAGCGUUUGUAACCCUGUUAAAAGCAUUUUUUUUGCAAAUCAUCCUAAAGUGUCAACAUUUGAUUGUGUAGCUCAAUUAAGUCAUUCUAAGAUGAUUUGGACAUGAAGCACAAAAACAAUGCAAGAAAUGGGAUAUUGGCUUCACAUUACUUGACAUUGGAUUUGAUCUAAAAAGUUUGCAUUUGAAGACAGUGGUCAGGUAAACAAAACCAAAGCAUGGAUUACUGUCUGACCUUGUCCAUAGACUGAUUAUGGCGUAAAGAAAGCAAAUGAUAUUUUGUAAUUAGGGUGAACUAUCCCUUUAACAGGAGUGCGGAACUCCUACGUGAAGUCGUUACAGUAUAGCCCUCUGACGCAACUUCCUAAAGAGACUUUCAUGUAGGUCAUACCACUUAGCUUCAUCAUAAGGCAUCAUGCUGCCUGCUUAAAAUGCUGUAGGAAUAUAUAGACAUUUAGGAAUAUAUAGACAUUAGCAGCCAUUAGUGCCAUUGUCAUGCAAUAUGAUGUAUAUAUUCAUAGAUUAUAAGGUGUUAUAAAUACACUUAUCACACAUUAUGAAGAGGGUAUUCAUAGGAAGUGUUACCCACAGGUCCAGCAGAAGGAACUGUACCCCACAUCCCCACCUACUAGUGACAUUGUGAAAAAUACCACAACUUUAGACAGGAAUUGUGUAGCUAUGUUGACAUUUGUGUUCACCGUUUAAUUAGAAUGUUUAACACAUUGAGAGUAUCGGUCAGGUCAAAUGACUUAGGCGAAUGACAUACCCACAUACACUGACACCUUAUAACCUUAGUGUCAGAAAAGGUCCAUUUUCUUCACAUUAUAAUUAUUUGUUUACUUACUUGUAAUGUAUUUGAUAUGUCCUGUCUGUGGGUUGAUCUCAUAUAUUGAUGAAUGGCUUUCGCCUGAUGCUUUUUAUGGUUAGUUACCUUACAUAUGUAUUUAGUUUCAUUUCCUUAUUACAUUUUCAUUUCCAUUUUAUAGUACUAUGCAUUUUGACUGUUGGAUUGAUAUGAUCUGCUCAUACAUUUCCCUACAAGUGAGUGAGUUAAGACUAUUGUUUAGUGAACGACUCAGGUCUGAUGGAUACAGUUGUCCCUCAUACUCUCAUGUAUUAUUUGUAAGAAACUUUCUGCAUGUAUCUGUAUGAGGAAACCUCUACAUUAUUGUCAUAUCUACUUUUUAGCCUGCAAGUUUAGGAGGGCUAUUCUGCAGAGUUUUGUGUGUUAUAUAUUAGAAAUGUAGAACCUAAGAUGACUUCUUAGUUUUAUAAUAUGUGUUUAAUUCCUUUUAUCAUUAAAACAUUCCUUUCCA